AAUUCCAGGAACGAUAGUCGAUCGCAGAUAAGCGCAGUGGUUUGAUGGAACAUGGCUCUCUCCAGAGGUUUGAGAUGCUGUCAAAGGGUUUUCUCCUGGAUACCUGUGCUUAUCAUAACCUCCGUCGUGCUGUGGUCUUACUACGCGUACGUCUUCGAAUUAUGUCUGUUUACACUCACCAACACACUGGAAAAAGUGCUCUAUCUACUAGUAUUUCACGUUUGCUUCGUGAUGUUCUCCUGGACCUACUGGAAGUCCAUCUUUACACCUCCUGCCACUCCAUGCAAAAAGUUUCAGCUGUCAUACUCGGACAAGCAAAGAUACGAAAUGGAGGAGAGGCCAGAUGCUCAAAAACAAAUCCUGGUUGAAAUUGCAAAAAAACUACCCAUCCUCACUCGAGCACAGUCUGGAGCUAUCAGGUUCUGCGAUCGCUGCCAGGUACUGAAGCCUGACCGCUGUCACCACUGCUCAGUUUGCGAAACAUGUGUCUUGAAGAUGGAUCACCACUGCCCCUGGGUUAACAACUGUGUGGGCUUUUCCAACUACAAGUUUUUCCUGCUUUUCCUCUCCUACUCCAUGGUGUACUGUGUAUUUAUUGCAGCAACAGUCUUUCAGUAUUUCCUCAAAUUCUGGGGGGGGGAAUUGCCAAAUAGGCCAGCAAAAUUCCAUGUCCUCUUCCUAAUGUUUGUGGCACUCAUGUUCUUCGUUAGUCUCAUGUUCCUCUUUGGCUACCACUGUUGGUUAGUGGCAAAGAACAGAUCCACUUUAGAGGCCUUCUCAGCUCCAGUUUUUGUCAAUGGACCAGACAGAAAUGGCUUUAAUGUCGGCAUACGCAAAAACUUGCAGCAGGUAUUUGGCGAGGAUCGAAGACUGUGGUUUAUCCCUGUCUUCACAAGCCAAGGGAAUGGCCACUACUUCCCCUUGAAGAAUCGAAAUUCUGAGUCGCAUAACCCCUUAUUAGCUAAUGAGGACAUGUGGGAGGAGUCAGACGAUGGCUCUGAGGAAGGAAGCUUAGUUGAUGACCAAGACCCCUCGGUCACGAUAGAGAUGGAGGAAUAGUAAUUUGGUGCGGAGCAUGUAAAUAUACAGUAUAUUGUGCACACCGUGUACCACGUGACAAAUGCAUUCCAAAUGCAUUGUGUGGAUGUUCAAAACGCAUUGGAAAAACAAAUCUGAAGGGGGCCAAACAAGUGGAUAAAAAUGCAUUUGGAUUGUCAUGAACACUUUAACCCCAGCAUUUUACAAAAUAAAGAAAAGACCAGCAGUGGCAGUGUCACCCCUGCACUCUUGGAUUAAAAAAAAACAAAAACACAACCUGGCGAAUAAUACCUCACAUACUGUACAAGAAAGCAACCGGAAUCCAUCGCAGGUUGUAUAUUUACCUCUGGUUGUUCAUCUCCAAACACCAGCCUCUGCUGAGCUUCUGUCCAACACUGUGCUCUUUAUAUACAAGUUUGAGUGGUGACCUGAGUUUACAGUGUCGCACGAUAGAUUUUGAUCUGUGUGGAGCUGUAACUUGACACCGCAAUGUUCCAGAGGUCUCCUGUUGUGAUUCAGAUCUCUGCCUUUGGAUCUUACAGCAUAUCAAAGUGAUAUUUUGUCAUUUUUUCUUUGUUCAUGGACAUAAACAUAUUUGAAUACCUAACGUAACCUGCGCCUUAUCAAAUAUACUGUAUUCAUAUUUGUAUUGUUGGGAGUCUGCGUCUCCUAAAAAUAUAUCCAGUAUGGUACCCAAGAGCCCAUGUAUUGCUUUUUAUCAUGAAUCCUGGGUUAGAAUGUCAUUACAGAUGUCUGAUCAGAGCAGUGACAGUAGCUUGAGAUUUCAUGCUCCAUCUCAUUAUGUUUGAUAAUUGGCUCCGACAUCUCGCAGUAUCAUUGCAAAAUGAGUGUUGAUCACUGUUAAUAUACUGUAUAUUGAUAUGAUUGCUGUUGGCUAGAAUAAAAAUGUAGAGAUCUUAAUAUAUUAUUUUGUUUUCAUCCACAUCACAUCAGCUAUUUCUGCUAAGACAACAUGCAUGUGCGCGCGCGCAAGUGUGUGUAUGUGUGUGUAUGAUGUGAUAAGAAAGUAAAGUGAAAAUAGCUUCAUCUUAAGCACAAAAUCAUGCAAGAUUUUUUUUUUUCUUCUUGAGCUUUGAUCAUUUUAAAUGCUGAUAACUGUACAUAUAUAAAUAUGUAUGAUGACUGAUCAACAUCCACUGGUUGGCAGAGGUCAGUUGUCUUCUGCAAUAUACUGUUCUGAUUUUUCCGUUUUUUUAAACUUGCUGUGUUGAUGCAUUUUUAAAUUUUUAUUCCAUCGUAACCAAUUCUCCUUACUGAGGCUGGUUUGUGGGCUUGUGUUGAUGACUGUUUUUGUAUCUGAGUACACUCAUUAAUUUAGUGAGUGAAAAAAAGAAAAAUAUACGCCUUCAUCAAACCUUGAAGCUGUUUGAUUUUGACACUAAGUUCAACGGGCCUGUUUUUCCUACUGUGUUGGGUCAGCCAAAUGCUGCUCAUGUGUGAGAAAUACAUCGAGUAGAAAAUGUCCUAUUUAUGAUUCGUUGUUUGAGUGCAUGUGCAAGACAUUAGGAAAUUUGUGGAUGUUGCGUGUUUCAUGUAGUCUCAUGUCUAUUUAUUAUGUUUGUUUUUCCUGUGUAUCGAGUUUACUGAUUAAGUGCUGCAGGCGGUGUCUGUUUUUUUCGCUCCAUCAUGUGACACGUAAACUAUUGAAAGAAUGUGCUUUAAUCAGGCCGUGAGAUAUUACUGAAAUAAGAAGUGCAAUCUUGCAAACAGGAGUUCAGUAUUGUUAAAGUACAUGUGGCCCUUUUCAAUUGUCUUUGUACUAUGUGAAUGUGGUGCUUCCCUUUUUUUAACACCUGAACCACCAAAAAUAACGACACCGUUUCAUUCUCUGUUCUGUUAACAAAUAUAAAUUCUUUAUUGAUAGAUUACUUGUUGUAACAUGCAAAAUAAAAUGCUCCAAGUUGAACCCCUCA